AACGCCGCUGCAGGUAUUGUCUUGGAACCCGGGCCGAGUGAAGGGGCGGGGAUGGUGGAACCCAGGGCUCCCCGCUUCAGUGAUGCUGCACUCAAGGUGCUGGUGGAGCAGGUGAGAGCCCACAAGGAGGUCCUUUUCCCCUCGGAUGGCAGGAAGAUGCCCAGGCAGACCCUGCGCCAGGCCUGGAGGGAGGUGGCACUCUAUGUCAACCUCAAAAGUAUCACCCCCAGAACCUGGCUGCAGUGCCGCAAGAAGUUCAACGACCUCACCCGCACGGCCAGGGACAAGUUGGCCCAGAAACCAAGGAAUCCGCUCAGCGGUGGCGAACGGCCAGCCUCCAUUCAAGCCCCAACCCAGAUGGAGCAGGAAGCACUGGACAUCGUCGAGAUCUACAGCAGGCGUUGCAUCGAGAACGGCGAGGCUGGAGGCCAAGUACCACAGGGUCUGUCCCAUUACCUGGGCCUCACCGGGCAGGAGUUGGAGGAGCACCACCUUUUGGAAGAUGCCCCCUCACCGGCUCUGUCCUUCCAGUACGCCGGCAGGGAAAUCAGCCUGGCCGACAGCAGAGACAGCGAGCUUGAAGGACCCACACAAGGUGAACUAUUCAGCAGUAGUGAGCAGGAGCUGAGCAUACUGGAGAGGACAGUGCAGGACACAGAUGGCCAUAGGGCAGGCUCAGACUCGAGCUAUGCUGAGGAACACAGAGAUGCAGAUUUGAGUGGCCCGGCCUUUAAAAGAAAGAUUUUCCAUGUGCAUCAUCAGCUGCUGGAGGCUUUGGACAGCCUGUCUCGGAGCUGCCUUACCUUGUCCGAGAGCGUCGAAGACUCUGCUUCCAUACUUUGUGGCGUUCUGCCGCAGGGCAUCAGCACCCUGCAGUCCACCAUGGAGCACGUGGUGAGCUCGGUGGACGCGGCGGUGAGGCCCUCCACCCAGGAGCCGGUGGCACCAGCGCUGGCAUCGUUGAUCGAGGCUCAAACCGGUGCCAUCGAGGCUCUGGCCUGCACCAUCUCCUCCGGCCUGGAAAGGCUGGGGACGCGCAUCGACCGGGGCUUCGGCCGGGUCACCGACCUCCUGCAGUCCGCCGUGCCGCGGCCGGCCGGCGGCAGUGCUGGCUCACCACCGGGUGGCGCCACGGGAGGGGCACGCGCCACCCUCCCUCCGGACACCGGCACGCCGGCCCCCUCGCCGCACGGCCAAGCGCCCUCUGCCCUGGAGGCAGCAGUGAUACUGCGCUCGGAGGUGAGGUCCCCUCGUGCCCGGGCCCUUCGGGAUCGCUCGCUAUGAGCAUCUGACCCGCCCAGAGUGAGUCACGGUCACCACCUAUUGAAGACACUGGGGAAG